CUUUUCGUUAACACUCUGCAGCAUCAGAUUAUGAACAAUUCGAAAAAUGUGUCAGCAACACCUUUGACAGCUCCAACUAGAACUUUGCAAGCACCUGAACCUACCAGUUCAUCUUCGCGGAGAAUUGUAAACUUCAACAAAAACACUGACAAUUUACACAACAAUAACUCAUCGUCUGAUGUCAGCGUACCUGUAUCGCCUCACCUUGAACUGUCUGAUAGCUUUGCAGCACUAAGUACUUCUAUAUCUUCUUCAGCAACUGCCACUACACCCACUGUAAAGGCUUCACCGUAUUACUUUAAUAAUAAAUAUACCUCCCAACAACAAAUACAGCAUAGCACCAACAUAAACUCACCAACCAUUACUGAAAACUAUAGUCCAUUCUUUUCUUCAAAUCAAUUAGCCAAAAUCAAACCAAUAUGCUCCACUGUGAACAUAACAGACUGGUCUUUCUUAUCAACAGAGAAGUAUCCUUCGUCAUUAAAUCAACAAGAUGCUAUCGAUUUGGAAAUGAGCACCAUUGGUCUAUCUAUAGAAUUAGCCGCAAACAAUAUGAAAACACGAAACCUCAAUAGACUGAUGGAUCACUUACUCGAAUUGUUUGAAAACUUACAACGGAUUCAAAACCAGGAUAUCAUAAUACCAAUAGAAACAUAUAAUGCAUUACUUUUGACAAGAAUAUUCAUUAAACAGUUUGCCGACAACUUGUGUAAUCAGGAAAUCAUCGAACAAAUUGAAGACGAUACAAGCAGAAAAAGAGGCGAACAAUUAUUUAAACAUUUACUGUAUAUUCUAACAAAUAUGGACCCAAGUUCGAACUAUUCAACUUAUGAAUUCUAUGUUGAAGUUUUAAACACAUUUUUUGUGCUCAUAUCAACGCAGCUGUAUCAACAACAUUUGUUUAAAAUGGAAGGCGAAGAAGACAACUACUUUCUCAAUCUCUUAAUGACAAAAUUCCAUAAUAGAGCAGAAACAAUAGUAGCGAGAUUAUUUGAAAAUUUCAUAGCCCAACAUUUACCUCCACCACAGCCACCAGCAGGCGCUCUAUAUACCGCUUAUAGCUAUUUUUUCUCCUCAGGGAGAAAUUCUUUCCAUUACCAACAAAAUAAUUCUUCACCUCCUGUAGCAGAAAGAAGUCUACUGCUUUUACUCCUAUUGGGCAAUCAGCCAGAGAACGAUUGGACCAAAUCUUAUAGACGAGCGAUAGCUAAUUUAAAUGACCAUCAUGUAAUAUCCAGUGAUAUGGACAGUUGUGACGGAGGAAAAAUGCACUUGAUAUCAUUUAAAAAUCUGCUGGACAUAUUCCUAAAAUCAAUUCAUGUCGAAGAGAAAAUGUUGCUAUUUUAUCUGAUACUCGUUGAGAAUGAAUCCUUCAGAGUGUAUGUACUAUCAAGAACGGAUCAAGAGCAUAUUUAUCUACCUAUUCUCAAACUUAUCUACGAAUCGAUGGAGGGCACCAGCAAAUUCAGUUUCUCACAGGUCUAUAUACUGUUGACAAUUUUACUGAUGUUUAGUCAAGACGAUAUGAACAAUGACGCCAUCCAGAAAAUUACGGUACAGAAUAUUGCCUGGUUUACUGAACGGCCUCUGCUGAAGUCUAUUUCUUUGGGUGGUUUGAUGAUACUCGUUCUUUUGCGGAUAGUUCAAUUAAAUUUGUCACAGAAGAAAGAUGCUUUUCUUCAUACAAAUUGCUUGGCUAUUUUGUUAAACAUGUCAAGCACUUUAUCUGAUAUGCACUCAUACAUAGCCCAGAGAAUUAUCAGUAUAUUCGAAGUUCUAGCCAAACGCUACAUAAAAUUAAUGGAUAAUCAGCAACAACAGCAAUCUGACGAUUUCAUAGUUUAUGAAGAUUUGUUGAUCUUGCUCAUGGAAAUGAUGAAUUCAACCUUGACUUAUCGUCUCAAACAGAAUUCCCAACUUGUUUACGCGUUAUUGCAGAAAAGAGAGAUAUUUAACCCUUUUCAAUCAAAUCCUCGGUUCAUCCAGCUUGUACAAAAUGUUGAAGAAGUUAUAACUCACUUCAAUACUCGUCUAGCUGAGGCCAAUCUGAAAGCACCUUCUUCAAAUGAGGUCUUGAGAUUAAUUGAGCAAGCAACAAGAACGUGGUCUAAUCACAAACUUAUACUUUUACCGAAUUUGAAAUUCAGCUAUCAUCAAGAUCCUACCACUUCCUCUGAAUUCUUUAUACCAUGUAUCUGGGCUUUGAUCCAGAAAAAAUAUUUUAUCUAUUGGAGUGAAAACAAAAGUCAUAUUUUGGAAGCUUACAAACUUAUAAAUCAAGAAUUUGAUGAAUAAAUGGGCUUUGAAGCUGUACCUCAUAUAUUGUAAUCUAGAACCUUUACAUUUGAGGAACUACCGUUGAAUGCCACAGUAUUUCUAUACUCUUUUCAUACAUCACUAUGAACUAUACCACACUUAACAAAAAGGAUGAUAUUAUGUUACAAGAGAGACCCAAAAAACAAUUGUAUAUAAGUCAUACACGUACUGCCUAUACAGUUUUAUCUUGAUAACGCUUUCCUAUCAGCUCGAAAUUCAAGGAACGGUGUCAUGAUCUGUUGAGACAACCCAGUCUAGCAUAAUGAGACAACAACUUAGAAACAACUAGGGUUACAUACACUCAUGGGUUUUAUGGUUAAUAACAUACUCACUGGAUCACAUGUCUUACUAACUUAAAGUAUAAAAGAUUUACUCCUCAAUG